AUGAAAAUAAUAAGAAAAAAUAAAAAAGAUAAAGAAAGAAGAGAAAUAUAUAAACAAGCAGAAAAAAUGAAAAACAUGUAUAAAAUGUUACGACGUAAUGAAUUAUUAGAUCAAGAAACACGAAAUUAUUUUAAUAUGAAAGUAACAAGUAGUGAAAAAAAUAGUUCAAUCAGUAGAAUAAAAAAUCGAUGUGUGGAAACAGGCAGAUCACGAGGAAUAAUAAGUGCAUAUAGAAUAUCACGUUUACGAUUUAGAGAAUAUAUGAAAAUGGGAUUAAUAAGUGGAGUAAAAAAAAUAAGUUAUUAA